AUGGCAAAAACAUUGGCCAUCAGAGCAUUGCAGAGGGGUGUAGGAAGCAUGGAUUAUGUGGAUUCACUUUUACUUAUGGAACCAGAAGAUGAGAGCAAAAACUCUGACCAGGAACCCAAUGUUGUUGAUGAUGAUGAUGCCUCACCUCUGUGUGUGCCACCAGCAAGUACACAAGUUAUUGACCAAGAGCCAUGCAGUUCCAGAAUGGUGCAACUGUAGUUGCUGUCGUGCAAUGCCGCAAGACAUGGAGAACAAGUGUUGU